UGGGGGUUUUUCUUCAUAUUCUCCACAAAAUAUGCGCAUGUUCAUGUCAAGUGUAGUGCGAAAGGAAUAAUAUUUUGGCUUUCGGGGGCCUAAAAUUAGCUAAAAUGCAUAAAUUAAAAUUUUCACAAAGAGACAAAGUUAAAAAAUUUAUAACGUUUACACAAACCGGUGAGCAAACUGCUAUUUAUUGUUUAACACAGAACGAUUGGAAGUUAGACUUGGCAAGUGAUAAUUAUUUUCAAAAUCCUGAAGCUUAUUACAAAGAACCGAAAAAUUCUGUAGAUAAAAAGAAAUUGGAAAUAUUGUUUAGUAGAUAUCAAGAUCCAAGUGAACCAGAUAAAAUAACCGCAGAUGGUAUAAUGAAAUUUUUAGAUGAUUUAGGAUUAAGUCCAGAAAGCAAAUUAGUUUUAAUUAUCGCAUGGAAAUUCAGAGCAGAAACUCAAUGUGAAUUUACCAAGGAUGAGUUUAUGAACGGCAUGGUGGAUUUAGGAGCGGACAGUAUAGAUAAAUUAAAAGCACGGUUAAAUAGUUUAGAGAAUGAAUUAAGAGAUUCGCAAAAGUUUAAAGAUUUUUAUCAGUUUACAUUUAACUAUGCUAAAAAUCCAGGACAGAAAGGGCUGGAUCUUGACAUGGCGAUUGCUUAUUGGAAUAUUGUCUUAGAUGAUAAAUUUAAAUAUCUACAAUUAUGGUGUCAAUUUCUUCAAGAACAUCAUAAGCGAUCGAUUCCAAAGGAUACAUGGAAUUUAUUAUUAGAUUUUGCGCUUAUGAUUAAUCCUGACAUGAGUAAUUAUGACGAAGAAGGAGCAUGGCCAGUAUUGAUCGAUGAUUUCGUAGAAUGGGCACAACCUCGAGUUCGCCAGUCUCUCUAACAUCCUUUCGAUAUAACUUUUUCCGAUAUAAAGAGCUUUAUUUAUUUGAUUACACAGGCAAAUAAUAUUAAAAUAAGAUUUGAAUAUAUAAUAUAUAUCCUUGAUAAAACAUGACAUUACUUUUGUAUAGUAUAUAUCUAUGAUUUUAAAGAGAAAUUAAUUAUUAUUAAUUAAUUAUUAGUAUUAAAUUUUAAGUUCAUUAUUUUUUCUAUUUCAAUACACAUUAAUUGAUUUAUUGAAAAAAAAAAAGAGAGAAUCGGAGAUGCAAAGAUAUUUUUCUAUAUCAUUUUGUAUAGAGUACACAUUCUAGAUUGUACAAAAUUUUUUUGUAUUUUAUUUGCGAUCUACAUAUCGUUAUUCUCUCAAUUAAAUAAUAUGAAGUACAUUGAAAAAAAGUUUUUAAUUGUUAAUAUACUGUACAAAGUAAUAUGUUUAUCUAGGAUCACUGAUAACAUUAAGCGGUGACGAGACUCAAUUACCAAAGGUAUUUGCAAGUAUAUUUCUGAAUAUAAAUUGGUGUGUUCCUUUAGGAGGAGAAUCAGGCUUGAAAAGCAACAAAUUAUAAGAGAGAGUUAAUUGUUUUUUGUAGAUAGUAUUUGCUAGGGAUUGUUAUCAAAUGGAACAGCUACACUUCUAUGCUAUUCUUGUAAUUAUAUAUAUAUAUAUAUAUACACGCAUAUGACAAAAAAAACAGAAAAAGCACACACAAAGAGAGAAAAAAAAUAUGUAUUGUAAACAAAAAUAUCUUGGCACAGUUAUACUUAUAUAUAUAUUGAAUUUUUCCUAUCCAGUAAUAAAACAAGAAAAAAUGUUUAUUUUUACCGUUAUUGUGCGCAUUGUAAUUUCGGAACAACAUAGAACAUACAAAAAAAAAAAAGAAAUUUAGAAUAAAUAUAGAAAUUUAUUUAUAUUUUUAUUUAAAAGAUAUAUUAAAAAAAUUUGUGAUCAUUUAUUAAUAGAUUUUGAUUUAUCGUUCUAUUUAAAUAUUAUAUAUUUAAUAUAGAUGAGUUUUUAUAAACUUAAUGUUGUAUGUAUAAAUUGGAUAAUGAUUGUAACUAUUUUCAACUUUAUCUGAUAUAAGAGAAAUUAUUCAGAGCAUACAUAUUAUAUAAUAUGAUUAAGGAGAAUUAAAACAAAAUAAUAUAUUUAAAACAACUUCGUAAAGAAGGAAGGUGGUGCGAUUAUAGAAGUUAGUCAAAUUUGAAAUAUCUCGCGUCGUCCACAAAUUUCAAAUUUUUCAGAUAUAUUUUAUAAAGCUACUUAGUUAGAUGGAAAGAAAAAACAUGGACUUCAAAUAUACAUGUGUAAUUAUUGUAAGAAAAAAUCCAAUUAUAUUAUAAUUAGGAUGAAAUAUAUGCACAGAACUAAAGAGAACAGUUUCAUGGAAAUAUGUAUAUUGCAUGAUAUUUGUAUCAAACGUAUAACACUACUAAAAAAUUAAUUUUGAAGGCGCGCAAUAAUUACUUUUUUAGUAGUCUCAUGAUUAUAUUAUGUAGAUCAACAGGAUUUAAUAAUAAUAAUAAUCUAAGAAUUCUAAGGACGAAAGAGAAAAAGAAAAGAAAAAGAAAAUAUAAAAAAAGAAGAAGAAGCAUGUAAAUAUUGUAAAUAAAUAUCAAUCUUAAAUCUAUUUUAUUUUAGUUUAUCUCAUCCGAUUAAAAUAAAGAAUUUUCAGUAAUCGCUAAUAUGAGAUUUAUUUGAUAUAUCACUUCCUCUUGGUAGAUAGGAAAUAUUUUUCAAUAAUAAAUUAUUAUGACUUUUAUGUAUGCGUGCGUGUUUUAUGUACAUGUGUAGUUUUGCGUAUCAAAUGAUUUUUUCUAUACGAUGUAAAAUAAUUAUUCUUUAAAACAACUAUUACACUUGCAUAAAUUUUCUGGAUAUAAAAAAGCCAAUUCAUAUUGAUAGGACUGCAUAUUGUAACAAUUAUUCACGAUUUCAUGACUAUACCAAUCGCACAAAGAUUCCAAUUUAUCGAUCGAUGUCUGUGUGAAUUUACAAGUGUGUUGUUAAAAGCUAAAUUAAUUUUGAAACUCGUAAGGAUUAUUUCUUACCUGCGCGACAACUAAGCCUCGAUUAGGAUGUUUCACAGUACUAUGUCCAUGAGAAUCAAAUAAAGUAACCUGAGAAUAAAAAGUUAUAUAAUAUUGAUAAUGAUUAAUUAAACAAUGAAAAUAUAUAUAAGUUCAUACCUUGUAUGUUAUUUCUUGAAAUAUGAAAAGUACUGUACGACCACAUGUUAUGAGCAACAUGAAUAAGUUAGUUGACCGAGAUUCUUUAUACCAAUCAAUUAAAAAGCUUUUUAUGUUUGUAUAUAAACUUGUUUCAAUUUUUUCAUGGAAAACAUGAAAUUUCUGUUCGAUAAAAGGAAAUCUACUUACCAAAAUAACUUCACUUUUGUUUAAGUAAGAAAAUAAAUAUAAGCGCGCUAAUAUAAAUAAAUAAUAAUAAUAAAAAAAAACAAGAA